CGGACUACAAGUCCCGGCGUGCCGCGCGGCGGCGGGCAGAGCGAGGCGGGCGGCGGGCGGCGAUGGAGGAGCCGCUGCGCGGGCACCGCGCGCUGUACAAGGCGCCGGGCCUGGCCGCGCCGCCGUGGAAGGAGACGUACCGCCGGCGCUGUGCCGAGAGGCUGAGGAGCGGCCGCGCCAAGCUGCUAGAGCGGUACCGCCGGGCCGGGACCGGGGAUGGGGGCGGCACGGGGCCGGGCGCGCUGCUGGUGCCGGAGGUGAUGGAGCUGGAGUGGCGCAGCCUGCAGGCAGCGCGGCGAGGCGACACGGUGCAGAUGCUAGAGGACCCCCACGAGCUAGCUGUUCUGGAUGAAAUCCAACAGGAGUUGAUCUUGCAAGAACAACUGGUUAUAGAAGAGUACGAGCGAAGCCUGCAGUUUGAUGAAGAAUGUCUCAAUGCAAUGCUUGAUGGCUUGGAUGCCAGCAACAAGAUCAUCUGCCCCGUGUGCAGAAAGAAUAUGCUGACUGUGAGUUGUCACUCAGUUUUCUGCCCGUGUGGUUUGUACAUCCUUACACAGGGUAUGACAGAACAGAAGCUUCGGGCACUUCUAGAAAACACUUUAACGGAACACAGCCACAGGUGCUUUCACAACCCGGAGUUCACAGUUACCGGUGGGAUGGAGGAGGAAACGAGUCUCCUCAUGACCUGUCCGGUCUGUGACUCCUGGACAGUUCUCCUGUAGGCUGUUUCAGCUGCUGCUUUUUCACUGGAAGGACUUCAAGAUUAAAAACCCACUCAGAGCUGCUGCUAACUCUUAAUGUAUACACUUGUAUGUGCUGUGUCAAAAUACUUAGCAAGGCAGCACUACUGCCUUAACCUGCACUUUUGGUGGCACAGCACAUGUUUUAUAAUAAAUAUACUUUAACUUAUUUUGAGGCUUCUUGUUUUU